AUGGGAGCACCCGAUCGAACAGUCGGUUUACCAUAUCAUCUAGCCUAUCCUAUCCUUUCUUCUGUCCUUCUGGCUAUAGCCGCUUUCUCAAGUGCAGAUUCUGUGUGGUAUGUAUCGGUCAGUACGCAGAGUCAAGUGAUACGAUUCGGUUCUCAAAAUUAUUGCGGCUACAACGUCUCCAACCUCGUUAUAACAGGUAAACUAGGAUGUAUAUUCAGAGGAUUUCAAUAUCAAAUACCAUCUGGAUACUUUGGAUUUCCUGUUCCGAAUGAUAUCAAUCUGAACUUGAGUAAAGUAGCUGUAACGAGUGUAGUUGCGUUUGCAUUAGUAUUAAUCACCGGAGCACAUCAUGCCUACACCAUCCGAUAUUCAUUCCGCAAGAUUCCUAUCCCAAAUGAAGAUAAACUAUAUAGUUUAGCUAUGAUUCAUUUUAUUUCUGUAUCGGUAUGUUUCGUCUUCACAUGGGUAUCAUUCAUCGCUCAAGCAGCUAUGGUAGGUCAUGCAGUCUCACAAUCCAACAACAUCGUCACAGCCAGUGACAGCGAUGAUUUAGGUAAUGGCGUGGCGAUUUAUUGGGGUCAGAGCGUAUGGUUGGUUUUGGCAAGUGCUGUUAUCCAUUUUGGAUGGGGGUAUGAGGCUGUCAGAUGGAGAGCAGCUUUGAUAAAGUGA